GAGAUUUUGUUUUCUAAAAAUCAAAACAAAUUGUUAAUUAAGAUGUUUCUUUUUGUCCUUUUGAUCAAUGAUUGAUAAACUUUAAUUAAUAUAAGUGUUAAUAUAGGUUGGACCAGACGCCUUGAGAAAAUUAUAAUGAUAACUCGAAGUCGCCGAGCUGCUUUAAAUUCAUCUUCUAAAUCAUCUUCAUCUUCAAAUUCAUCUUUCAACUCACCAUCAUCAACAUCUAAACAUAACAAUAAUAUCAACAAUAAUAAUGUUAUUCUCAAUAAUCCUGAUACAAUCAAUGGAAUUGGUUUAAAUUUUGAUCAUUGUAACAAUAGUAUUUUAAGACGAUCAUCAAGAAGAUUAACUACCAGUACCAAUGAAAAUUUUACCGGUUUAGUUAGUCAUGAUCAACAACCACCACCAAAUGGUAAUACAAUUGAAGAUAUUGUUAAAGAUGUUGUUGGAAAUAUUGUUGAUUAUGUUUCGGAACCAGGAUUAAAAGAAUCGUUAUCUUCAGCUGAUUGUCCGGCAUCUUUUUCAAACAAUAUAACUACAGGAAUACAAUCAAAAGAUUUAUCUUCUAGUUUUCUUCAUUGUAACGAAAGUUCAAUCUUCAAUCAGCAAUCAUCUCCAUCAUCUAAUAGUUAUUAUCCUGGUAAUGUUGAUUGUAAUGAAUUUGAUGAAAGUGAUUCUUGUAAUCAAAUUGAAGCAAUUACAUGUGAGGUAUUGGUUUUGAAAAGUCAAUGUGGUAAAUGGUUUUUUUUUCUAAUUUUAUUUUCUAUUUCUCUUUCUCUAGAUGUUGAUAUGUCCGAAGAUGAUUGUGGACGAUGUCCAGUUUGCGGACUUUAUGGUAGACUUGGUUUCGAAGGUCAUUUAGGUGAUAGAUUGGGAAAAGUCUGUUCCAAAACUUGUGUUGAUAAAUUACAAAUCAAUGGAAAAGCUUGUGUAUGUGUCGCUUGUGGUAAACGUAUUGCCUCAGAUUCUCAAGGAUAUUUGGCAAAUUUUGGAGCUGAAAGGUCAACCCUUUGCUCGGAAGAGUGUUUACUUAAAUUUGAGAGAGAAAAUGAGCCUUUGCAAAAAUGUUACAGUUGUAAAAAAGAAAUUCAAUCAAAAGAAGAUGGAAAUCUAUCAAUCUUCUAUUGGCAAACAAUGGAAUUUUGUUCUCCCGAAUGUAUUGAAAAUUUGCAACAAUUUUGGGGUAAAAAGUGUGCUAAUUGUGAUUGUCCGGUUCCCCAACAAUCACUGGGAAAAUAUUCUGUCCGAUUUGGAAAUGUAAUUAAACAAUUUUGUCAUGGUUCGUGUCUUGAGCAAUACAAGAAAGCAGUUAAAGUUUGUGCAUAUUGUCAAGUUAAUUUAUCCGGCUGCAUGUCAACUUGUACUUCGGUCACCGGAAGCUCCAGUACUAAGCGUAUUCGUGAAUUUUGUGAUCCCAUUUGCCGAUCACAUUAUCUUCAAAUGGUUUCACUUCGGAACAGUUCAACGAGUAACAUUGGUAACGGUGAAGGUGCUUUUUCCAGUCCCGCUGUUCAAUGUUGCCAAUGUUCCCGAAUAGUUGAGAAAAGUAGUUGCCUUGAUGUUAUUUUUCGAGGUAGAAAAUUUCUCAUCUGUAGUACUUUCUGUCUUUCCGCUUUCAAAUUUUCUUUCGAUGUAACCAAAAUAAUCUGUGAAAGUUGUUCCAAAUAUGGUUGGUCCUCAAGAUCGGCAAAUAUACUCCAUUAUUCGGGAUUCACGAAAAUCUUCUGCUCACGGAAAUGUCUUCAAAUGCAUGUUCUCAAAAUCCGUCGAAUUCAAUCAUGUUUAACCUGCAACGUGAAAAAGUAUAACUUUGACCUGGUGGAAAAAUAUGAUUCCAUCUCGGGUGAUUCGAAACUUUUCUGUUCAACCUUUUGUUAUUCCGCAUUUGAACAUUACGAAUCUCAAUCAAAGGUUAAAGACUCUAAAUCUUUCUGCGAUUGGUGUAGGAAACUUGCACGAUUACCAUUUCAUAUUCCCUCCCCUGAGAAAACAGUUAGAAAUUUUUGUACAUAUUCUUGUGUUCUUGCUCAUCAACGUCACGAAUCAUCUAGUGGACAAUUUGGUUUUGACAAUAUGAUCCAUCCAAGAUUAAACCAACAUGCAACCAAAUCAACUAUCCCAACCAGUGAUUCAACCUUUAAACAACCUGGGACCAGCUCUUCAAUUGAUUAUCGUCAAUCACAAUUAAACUUGGAUAAUAGAUUAUCAAAGUCAAAUUGUGGUUCCGAUCUGAUGAGAUCAACGGGUUUUCCAUCUUCAUCCCAAUCACCCCCAGUUCCAGCACCUUCACUACCAUCAUCACCCACUCUAUCACCCUCAAGAUCAUCAUCAUCAUCAUCAUCCUUUUCCCCAUCUUUACCAUUUGUAUCAUCUUUUUCAUCUAAUACAAUCAACGGUCUACAACGUUCAUACCCAACAAGGUCAAAAACAUUAUUAAAACAUGAUGGUAACGGUACUUCAUCAGCAACCUCAUCAACAAGACCUUUAACUCACCAUGAUCAUAAUUUAAACACCAAAUCAACUGUUCCAUCCCCAUUUUUUAAUAACAAUAAUUUAAGUAAGAAAGGUGAUAAUCGUUACAAUUCAAAUGAUUUAUCAUCUUCAACCGGAUUACAAUCACCAUCAACAUCUACCAAUCAUAAAAAUUUGGGACUUUCAUCACCAUACAUUUUAGAUGCUUCCUCUGUAGUUGGUAAUGUUGCCGAUAAGUCAACAAUGUGGCAACCCUCACGAAGGUCAAAGGCAACGCUUUGCCGACCCGUUAGAAAAAGUUGUCACACUCAAACCGAUGUUUUAAGUCAAAAUUGUCCAACAACAACACCGAGCACUAUUGAUGAAAAUGGACCAGAUGAUAAGGCAACUAAAUAUAUUCCAGUUCCAAUAUUUGUACCAUUUUUUGUCCCAAUACCAAUUCCUGUUCCCAUUGGAAUGGCUUCGUUAUUUCCCCUUCCUUUACCAACUCCAAUUCCUUUUGGAUUCCCAAUAGAUUCACGAUUAACAUCAAACAAAUCAAAUGAAUCUAUUGAUAAUGAUGAAAUUUCUGAUGAUCAUGAAAAUCUUCUUAAAGAUGAUGUCAAGUCCCAGCAACAGUCGUCACCAUCUCCAUGUCCAUCUCCAUCUUCACCUCACUCUCUACCAACAAUAACUACGACAACAGAAUUACCGAAAAUAAACAAUUCCAAAGAAACGAAUCGUAAACGAUCAAGGACCUCUAACAGGUCACAUUCCGUUGAUUCCGUUGAAAUCAAAGCCGAUAAAUUGUCAAGUGAAUAUCAACAAACAACCAAAACAAAUGACUCGAAAACUGUUAAACCCGUUAGACUUAAACGAAACGCUCAAGAUUAUCCUGAUCGUAAUAAUUUCAAUCAGAAUACCCUAAGUGGUAAUAACAAUAAUAAUAACAAUAAUAAUAACGAUAAUAAUUGUGACGAUAGUGAUAACUGUUCAAAUACCUCUUCAUCUGAUGACCGAGAGAAGACAAAAAGACGAAGAGUGACCAUAUCAACACAUGGAUGACAAAUUCGUUAAUCACUUAAUGGUUACUAAAUUAUUAACUAAUUGGUUUCUAAUUACAUUUUGAGAACUGUUAAAAUUUGUAAACUAAUUUAAAGAUCAAUGUCUCUAGUCUCCAGGAGCUCGAACAUCAUAACUAUCAUAUAAAUUAUGUUCCCAAGUUAAAUUAUCUCUGACUGAGAUGAAUUAAAUUAAAUUGUAAAAGCCUUUUUUUUCACUAUUUCCCAUUUUCCUCUCACAAUCACCAAAUCCAAUUGAAUUUAAUUCAAUCAAAUCAAUUGGUAUCAAUCAUGAGCUUUUUCCCACUGUGACUAUUGGUCAUUUUAAAUUAAUCACUCGCCUGAUGAUGAUUCACACUCAUUAAUUAAUUAUCUCUGUCAUUUAUUUAACUCAUUUCCAAAAUUGAGUUUUUCAUUUAUAAAAUUUAAACACAACUAAACUUUGUAAACACAAUUUAAUUACAAUCCUUGAUUAAUAUUUAGUUGGUAAAAAUUUAAUUUGGACAUUUAA